UGAAAGGUUGAGUCGCUGAGUGGGGUCCUCUGUCCCAUCGUCUCUUAUAACAGGGAGAUUGAAGUUGAAGGCGGUUGGCCAAGAUGCCAGAAGAGAUGGCGGAUGGUGGGAGAAAGCUUGUGACUCUCGAUGACCUCAUCGAUGCCCUGGACAAGCACGAGAGGGCGCCGAGCAAUGUCCCAAAGGUCGAGACAUUCCACUUAAAAGGGGAUCGGGUAUCUGAUUGGUUGGAUCUGACAGAGCAGGCACUGGUGGGACUAUCAGAUGAGGUCAAGCUCCAGCGGGUCCUGAGGUAUGUCCUGCAUAGCCACCAUCGAGAGGUAACUAAGGUUGUGGACGCCGCCAGUGGUAGUUGGGCAAAAUUUGGGGAUCUAAUGCGAAGGAAGUAUAGGCUGGGGGACGGCCUGUUGACCAUGGCCGACUUGGAGGCCAUAAACAAGGAAGACUUCUCUACCAUUGGGGCGUUCGUGCACGAGUUUAAGAAAAGGCGAGGAAAGUGCACGGGAUUUCUGAGGAGGCGCAAUGCGUCACAUUUUUGGGGCUGCUCAGAGGCCACAGAGUUGACGAAGUAUGGGGAAGGAAGCGAGAGGCUCACUUGGGCAAUCAUUGACAAGGGAGUAGAAGAAGGGAGCCUGGACCAGGUGGAGCAGCACCAAAUGAGGCCGCAAAGGCGCAAAAGGAAGGAGAGGGAUGCUACUGCAUCCGGGACCCCAGGGGUGAAGAGGAUAGUCACGGACGUGUUGGCGGCACUGGGGAACGAUAGCGAAGCAGAGCUACAGAAAAGAGUGGUGGCAGUGGCCCAAGGCCGGGCGUCAGGAGUAGGAGAUGAGGAGGCAGGGCGCGAAGACUACGGCGGAGGGGAGACGGGCUCCCAAGCCCUGACUAAGGCCCAGAGGAAGCAGCGUAAUCUGCUACUGGGGGGACAGGGAUCGGGGAAAGGGCAGGCUCCCCAAGCCCUUGCCGCACGACCACCUGUGAGGGACCAGCUGAGCAUUGCAAUGGUGGACACGGGCACGGAGAUGAAUAUCAUCCGGGAGCGGGACGCGACGAUGUUAGGGUUGGAAGUUGACCAUUCGGACCAUGGUAUGCUGCACGGCGCCAACUGCAAGGCCAUUUUCUGCGGCACCGCGUCCAAUGUGAUGGUGGAGAUUGGGAGAGUAAGGGCGCGAACGUGCUUCUUCGUCAUGCCCGACGUCGACCACCCUAUUCUUCUGGGGAUGUCGUUCCUCUGCCGGACGGAGACCUUGGUCUUCAACAGGCAUGAGGAGACGAUGAUCCUGGCUCUAUCUGAUCCGGCUUGCGAAAAUUACGAAAUCAUCAAGUGCCGGAACACAGGGCCCGGAAGUGCGAGGAAUAGGCUCAACCUCGGCUCCUUCACCUUCGAGGAGUCGGAGUACGUGAGGCGGAGACUCCGAGAGGAACAGGAGGGGGAAGGAGCAGGCGAGGUGCUGUCCCUGAGCCUUAACGAUGUGAAUAAGGCAAUGGAGGUGGUGGCGGCGUACGAUAUGGCGGACCCGGAAGCCAUAAAGGCAUUGAGGAAGCAGGCAGGGCCGUGCCACAUCAAUGAGGAGAAUGAGGAAGGGUUGAUAAUUGGCGAGCCCGGCUUCUUGUCGCCCCAGGAGAGGACCUUGAUGGUGGAGACCAUGAGGAGGAGGCAUUGCGCGUACGCGUUUAAUGAUGACGAAUGUGGGAGGUUGGACGUGGAUAAAAUCCCGAUGAUACGAAUCCAUACCGUCCCACAUGAGCCGUGGAACCUGAGGGGCGUACGGUACCCGAAUCCGGAUGAGGAGAAGAAGGUGGUGGAUUACUUGGAUGGGAAGAUGAGGACGUAUGUGGCGGAUUACUCCAGUGGACCAUAUGCUUCCCCUUGGUUUUGUUUUAUCAAGUUGAACGGAAUGCUGCGGUGGGUGCAGGAUCUGCAACGGCUGAAUGCAGUGACGGUGCGGGACGCGGGAGGAUUGCCGAACGCGGACGCCCUGUCAGAAUCAUGUGCAGGAAGGCCUAUAAUUUCACUUAUAGACCUUUACUCUGGGUAUGACCAGUUUCCUGUGUACCCACCAGAUAGGCCGGUGACGGCGAUGCAUAUGCCAAGGGGGCUGAUCCACAUGAACAUGGCGCCUCAGGGGUGGACUAAUGCGGUGGCGAUGGUGCAAAGGCACAUUAUUAGGGCCAUGCAGACGGUUAGUCCACAUAUUACUAAUCCCUACAUUGAUGAUUUGGCGGUCAAGGGUCCAAAGGAGAAGGAGGAAGACGAAGUGAUGCCAGGAGUGAGGCGGUUCGUCUGGAAGCACGUCCAGGAUAUCGAUCAGGUUUUGGGUCUGCUGGAAGAACACAACCUGACGGCAAGCGACUCCAAGUCGAAGCACUGUAUGAGGGAGGCCACGAUUCUGGGAUUUUUCUGCAACGAGAAGGGGCGGAGGCCAGAUGUGAAGAAGACAGACAAAAUCCUAGAGUGGCCAGUCCCCUUCCAGUCGAUAACGAACGACUUCGCCACCAAGACUGAGCAUUUGAGGAAGCUGGUGCGUCAGGAUCAGGAGUGGGUCUGGGGCGAAGACCAGGAAAGGGUUGUGGAAAGGAUGAAGAGAGAAUUCAAGGAAGGAGGUUUGGUGCUAGGAGUGCCAAACUACGAGGCCACGGAGGAAAAACCAUUCGUUGUCGAGACGGACGCUGGGCCAACUGCCUUAGGAGGAGUCCUGAUUCAGACAGAUGCGGAUGGGAAGGAGAGGCCGUUAAGGUUUGAAAGUCGCACCCUCAAUACGACUGAGAGGAACUACUCCCAGUUUAAGAAGGAGACGUUGGCGGUACUCCACUGCCUAAGGACCUUCCGGAACUAUACCUUUGGCAUGAGGCUCAUUUUGAGGGUGGACCCUACCGCGCUGGCGUGUUCCCUGAAAAGUUAUACUCCAUCUGACCCAACCAUCGCGAGGUGGUUGACUUACAUUUGGAUGUUUAACUUUGAGUUGGAGAGGAUUCCCGGGGACAAGAACAGGGAAGAUGGGCUGAGCCGUAUCAACUGGGAUGAGGCGGGCAAAAAGUCAAUUGAGGAUACCCCGCCAGUUGACGGGUUCCUGGAUCAAGAAGAGGAUGUCCGCCUCCACAUAAAUAAAUGGUCGCUGAGGGUGCCUAGCUGCGUCACGCAUCCUAUAUGGCUAGCACCAAGGGGGUACGAGCAGAAGGAGGAAUUGGUCCUCAAACCUUUCCAGGAGGAAGAUCCGUGGGGGAGUAGGGAUGUUGGCUGGAUGAUGAAGUUGGCGUUGACAGGAACGCAUGGUCUAGUGGAGGAGGUGAGGACGAUAGAGGAAGGCCCAACCCAGGUAGAGGAGCAUGAGCAACUAAUGGGAGGAAUGUACUUGCUCACCAACACGCUCMURCAGGGGAACUUUGACCAGAGGAGCGCARCCARCUCYGAARARGGCGAACUUCUUAUUCCUGAGAGYCAGGACGACGAGUUCGAAGAGGGAGAGAUCAGGGAGGCCUUCCGUGUUGAGGAGUAUGACGGGAUCUAUCGGGAAUUGGGGUUACUCCUGUCGUGCGAAAUAAGGGAUAGGGACGCUAGUGCUAAAGCCCAGAAGAUGAGGCAUCUCUACGUAGUAAGAGACGGCCAUCUGUUUAUAAAGCGACAGGUUGGGAACCCAAAGAGAAUCGUAUGUGGGAGGAACCGGCAGAUCGAUGUCAUAGCGGCGUUACACGAUGGUAUAGCAGGGGGGCACAAAAGGGUUAGUGCCACGUGCGCAAAGAUAAGUGAGUUGUACCAUUGGGAUGGAAUGCUGACUAUGGUCAUCAAGUACUGCCAGUCCUGUGUGCCCUGCCAACAGAGGUCAUUGCAAAGGCCGGGGGAGCCUCUGCACCCCAGACUGGAGAGGGAAGUGGGUGCAGUCGUACACCUGGACCUAUUGUUCAUGACCCUUGCGGAGGACGAAAGUAACUAUAUCUUCGACGCACGGGACAACCUUACCGGGUCUGACUUUUCGAAGGCAGUCAUGCAGAGGGGAGGGAGGGACACACGGCCACGCCAGGGGCCCCAGAGGAUGGAGGGAAGAGGCGAGCAGUAUGAGCCGCCUAGGAGGGAGCCUACGCCUGAGUUUGAUGAUGACAACAUUGAGCUCUUCUUGGACGUAUAUCGGGAUAAUGCGGCACAAAGAGGGUGGUCAGUGGCGGAGAGGAUUCACCACUUGAGGGGUAUAAGGCGGUUCGAGGAGCAUGUUGCUCAGAUAUGUGAGAAGGCCCUGACUUGGCCGGACGUGGAAGCCGGGAUGCAGAGGUUGAGAGCUUCCCCUAGGGGGCGUGAUGGCAUGCCCAUUCGAUUGGAGGAGGGGAAUGCAGAUGAGUUCAUCCCCGCAUAUGAGCACUACAUGUUGAGUCUGGGGGUUGUGCGGGAGGAAUGGGUGCAGGCUAUACUUAUCUGGACGAGGCAGACAGAGAGGCAGGUGGCCAAGCAGAUUCGGGAAAGGGCUCGAGACUGGGAGGACUGUCAGGCCCAGCUCAGGAGGGCGUUCGGAUGGCCACAGCACGAGAGGCACGAGCCCAGAGUUGAGAGGCGGCGGCGAAGCAAGAGGCCAAGGGAACCGCCACCGAAAGAGGCGGGGCUGGCCAGAGAAAGGAGGGGAGCCCCAGCCCAGCAGGAGGAUGAGCCCGCAGGGCCCGCAUUGGCAGAGGAGUUGUUCCCUGCUUGUGGCCUCCGAGCGGUUGAGUUUAGGCGGAUUACGAGUGAGGAGUUGAGGCCGCCCUCGCCACUGCCAUCAACGCAGGAGCUGGACAUACCAAGAGAGACGCCAUUCCGAAGCUUAGCGAAUCAUCUCGAUGUAUCCCAAUGGGAGGCCUCACGACUGGGAGAGGGCUCAGUUGAGCCGGCAUGCUACGUGCCAUUGGAGGAGCCCCUCGACCCCGAGAUGGAGACAGACAUGCGAGACCGAGAGGAGCCGCAGGAUCCUGAGAUGGCAGCCGAGCGGCUGGAUCCGGUGACCAAGAGCCCGGAUAUCGAGGAGCCCGUUUCAGCAGAGUUACCGCCAGUAGUGCCGUGCGCGAGCGGAGGGAUGGAGGUGGAGGCGUCGACUCCAGGAGGCCAGGGGCCGCGAGUGAGAGGAACCCCAAGAGAGACCCGCGAAGAGAAGUCCGCCCGAGUGUGGGUCCGUCUGGACGAGAUACACGCAAGACAGGCUGAGAUGGAGGCGGCGGGGAUAGAGCCGACACCGUCGGUCGAGCCCAAGACGAGUGAGCAGAGGAUCGACGAGUUGUGGGUUAGGUAUGAGAGCCAGAGGGAUGCGGCCCGCCAGAGGUCACGAGAGGCAGGACGGGCGGAUGGGGAGACGAGCGAGUGGAGGGAGAUGGGGGACGUGGGAUUCUCUGCGACUAGGAUGGCAAUUGAGCGCAUGGAUCGAAGGGUAUGCGAGACGGCAGUCACAUCCUUCCAGUGGUAUAAUCUACUCAGCAAUGAGCUCAGGGUCAAAGAGUUGGAGGUGGAGCACCUGACUACUCAGCUUGCCGAAGAGAGGGCGAGGAGCCAGGCUAGAGAGGUUGAGUGGGAGAGGAGAUUUGGGGAGAUGGCGGCCGUUGUGGAUAGGCUCUCGGCAGCCUGGGAGGCUAGUCAGGCGGGACGAGCCAGUGCCAAUGGCCAGGGCCGAGGGAUGCGCGCUUCGCCGAGUCGGGGAAUAGCAGUGGAGGUCCCUCGUCAGGCCGAGCCGAUGGAGGAAGCGCCCUUGGACGCAGCCGAGGAGGAGUGAGCCCACCACCAUGAUGGGCUCUCAACCGUCAGGUUCAUGCAGGGAUGA